AUGUUUGCAUUCACUAUGAGUCAGCGUGCUAAACUUUGCCCUACAAACGCACAACCCCAACCAUAUUUUAACUCGAGUGAGCAAGCCACUGCCUUUCCAUUACACCUACCACGGUACCACCACCACCACCAACAACAUCACAGCAUCAGUGACAAGUUCGAAGCACCUCAACCUUGCACCACGCUUACCAUAUUGACAUCACAAAUGCACGGCGUCAAGUACAAGUUACCUUUCGGGUUUAGGCAAGGCCUACGAGCCUGCGUUCACAACUUCAAGUCCGAGUCUGUGCCUGAUUCGCUUUCGGUCCCUGCCAAGACCCACACUAGCUCUUUGCCUACUACCUCGCAUCAAAAGCGCACACUCUCUAGAAUCAAGGCCUCCAAAAAAUUCUUCAAUCAUAUCACGAGGUUGUUCAAGCCUUCUCAGACAGCAGAUACUGUAUCCCCUGGACACGCCGACGACGCUCAUUCUCUUCCAAAGCCUGCAUUCAAGGAUGAUGUGCGCCUGACACUCGAUCUACCCGAAGACGCCUCAGAACUAAAUGCGGAAGAUAUAAUCUUUGUUAUACAAGGAUUUGGUACACCGAAUCCGAAACUACUCUGCCCUCCUCCCUCGUCCACUCUCACAGAAUCAUCGGACGAACACACCGCCAAUACACACACUACUAGCCCGGUCCAACGUAUAUCACUCAGUUCCAAUUGCCCAGGCACAUCUUCCGGCACACAAACCGUUUGCUCUAAGCCUUCAAGCAAUCGCUCAUCUAUCGCACCGCAGGAUUCAGUGAAUGACAGCAAUCACUCGGCACUCACAGAAGUGACAUCUGUAAGUGACACGUCUAUCACUGCCAACCACAAUCUUGGAGUGCCUCCAGCGCCCUUCCGCCCACUUUCUCAAUCCUCAAGUGCUAGCUCUAUUGAACGGCUGGUUAUCAUCGAUCAGAACAAAUUGCAAUCAGAGAGGGAAUCUGGUAUGGACAGCAUUGGCCAGAAUGACAUCUCAAGCAACACUGCAUUCUUUGGCGUCCCUAUUGAACAGGAGGACCCCACUUCUGUAUCAAUGAAGGCCGACGAGGAAGACACGAUGCUUGACCUCCAGGUUCAAGGAUAUUGCGACAAGGAACCUGAAGACAAUGACAAAGUUGUCAAUCAGGACUACAAUAACGAAAACAAUUAUGAAGACGAGGAGGAAGAGGAGGAAGAGACAGGCGAGACUGAAGGGCGGUGCGAUUGGGACACUAUUCGUUCGAUCUCUGACGAAUGCUUGUGUCGCCUACUUCUAAAUACGCUCGAUCACUCUAAUUCUCUAACAUUAGAUUGUGUGAGCACUCUCCGUCGCUCUGAGGGUUCUUUCAACAUGGCUGCUCAUAUGGGUCUCUUCCGUAACGGAAAGGUUGAGGAGUAUGUGAUUCGCAUUCCAGCACAUGGCACAGAAGCUCUUUGGACAGGAAUCGACAGUCAUUUAUUGGAAGCACAGGUGGGUCUGAUGAAGCAGAUUGAACUCAAUUGCUGGUCGGUGCCCGUACCCAAGAUCUUCGGCCAUUCGUCCUCUCUCGACAAUUGUCUUGGGGCUCCUUAUAUCUUAAUGGAGAAGCUGAGUGGGUAUCGGGCCUCUGAAAUCUGGUUUGAUGAUACAGACUACGACGACCGUUGGCUCGAUGCCGAUUGCCCUUCUGAAGAGACUCAUCGCAAGCGUGUCAAUUUCUUGGACUCCUUGGCUCGAGCUAUGGUGGAUCUCCAAGAGCUGGAAUUCGAUAUGAUCGGGCUUCCCUGGAUUCCCACGCCCUAUUAUCUCAGUGAGGCACCUAAUGCCUCGUCACAAGAUGUGACGACCGGACCUACUUACCAUUGGCCUUACAAGGACGAUGUUCAUAAAGUAGUAGAGCGAGGUCCAUUUGAGUCAACUCAAGCAUACAUCAAAGCAGCACUGGACGCCCAUUUGAAUCGCGAGGAACUCUCUAAGCACCCCGAUUUAAGUACGAGUAUGCAGGUCCAGAAUCGACUCGCUGUCCGCAAAAUUCUGGAUAUGGUCUUCUCUGCACCCGCUUUCAAUCCCUCGGCUAAGCUUGAGACAUUCACUAUUUGUCACACGGAUCUUGAUUUGCAAAACAUUCUGGUUGAUGAAAAUGGCUGUGUUACAGGAAUUGUCGACUGGGAUGGCGCUUUUGCCGCCCCACGCUGCAUUGGCACCGCAGCAGUCCCGAGGUUUUUGCAACAAGACUGGUUCCCUGACGAUGAUGGGGAAGCCAUUGAAGAAUCCCCGUACAUGGGCUUGAAUUCGGAAUACUACCGCAGCAUCUAUGCAGCAGCAUUUUCCCGCCACCAGAUGGAACAAAAUCCGGAUGCGAACCUUGAGGACACAGAUGCACGCUUCACUCUCAAAUCGCCGAUCUACCAGGCUGCUUUUGCUGCAAUUUAUGAAGGUGGGAGCCUUUGGAAUUUCACGGACAAGCUCUUGCGUGAGAUUCCAGAUUUUAGGAUUGACACCACCACCUUCAAAGUCAAGCUCGGAGCUGGAUGGCCAAAGGCAGAAAUUUGGCUGGAGAAGCGCAUUCAAAAAGUUUGUGCAACUACCAUGCCAGAUGACAUGGACUCUGAGUUCGGUUCAUGA